AUGCAAGAUCCGUGGCCAUACCCCCUUACUUUCGCGGAUGCGGACCCAGCGCUCACGAACACGGUCGAGGCGUGUAAAGCCGAGAUUAUGCAUAUCCUUACAACGCACGGUUUUCCAACAAAGCACCAUUAUAUAUGGAUUGGUUUAACGGAGAUUACAAAGCCCGAGUAUCCGAACGCUGACGAGGAAAAUCCCCGGACGGUCCUAAAGAUUUCGUUUGUGGAGGCACCAUACGUCCCUGAUCGGCUGCGCAUUGAUCAGGCUAGGGAUGCCGUGGCCGAGCUUCUUGCGAAAAAAGGCAUCGCAAACAUUCAAAAGGUGAAUGAUACUGGCGUCAACGUCGAUGUUGAAAUUGUCUCUGAAAUAUGUGCUGGCGCCCAUCAGCAAGAGAUUAUGCAGCUGGUCAACCACACUCUUUGUAAUAAUUGGUGCAUGUUCUGGUUGGGACUGGUAAAACACAAGAGCAAUCCCACGAUCGUCAUCUACGUCAAGCCCUUCACAAUCGCAGACUGGAGCGGCCUAGCGAGGAAGAUAAAACAACUACUACCGCAAGACAGCGCUGUUUCAAGGGAUAUGAAGGUCGACUUCCUACCCGGCAUUCUGUCGCCGCCGGAACAUACCAGGUCAGAAAAGGGGGUAUACCUGGAUGGCCGCAUGAGAGCGGAUGGCAUGCCGACGCCGGGGACCUCGAUCGCCGUGCAGGGUCAUCUGGAACGUCCAACCGGUACCCUCGGUCCCUUUGUGACGCUUACCCGGGGCGAUAAAACGUGGAGAUGCGCGCUGACAAGCCAGCGCGCACUCGGGCUCCAGCUUGCCCACAAAGCAGCCGGAAAUUCGGGACCCGCCACCAACGAGACUACCUCAAAAGCUGGCGCGGAAACCAAGUAUAACAUCUUGAGCUUUGCGCCCAAAGAUGUGGAACAGACGAAGGAGAUGGCCAGAGAUACCCUGAGGUUCCUGAAGAAGGCCUUACACGACGCAGAGGCCAAGCAACCCGUCAAGGAGGGGCAUAUCGCAAGCCUGAAAGAGCGGGUUGCAGAGGCAGAGUUGAAAAAAACCGCGCUGGAUAAAAUGCCCGUGAAACUCGGCAGGGUGCUUCUCUCCUCCUCAUCCUGCCAGAUCAGCCCUAAGGCAAGGGCUGAACGCGCAAAUACUGGGCGCAAGAGGGUCCAAGACUGGGCGCUCCUCGAGCUUAAUCCUGAGCCCUUCAACAACAACAAACUAAACUACUUCACUACAAUGCCGCGCCUUUACCCCCGCGACACGCCAUUCAACCCUGUGACAGACGGUCCGGCCAGCUUACUGUUGAGACCAGGCCAACCCCUAGACGACGAAUUCGGCCACCUGUCCGGCGGGAAAUGGUACUUCAAGAUGGGAAGGCCAACGAAUAUAACGUCGGGGAUAUGCAACGGCGUUCCUGCGUAUGUGAACUAG